CCCGCGAGCGCUCAGUAUGUGGCGAGUGUCCCGAGCGCUGUGCGUGCGCGCUGCCAAGACCGGCCAGCUCCCCGGACCCUGCAAGAGGCCCGCCGCCUUCAUGUCCGGCCUGUUGAUCCAGCAGCCGCAGUACGCUUGGCUCAAAGAGCUGGGGCUCCGCGAGGACAACGAGGGCGUGUAUAAUGGAAGCUGGGGCGGCCGGGGAGAGGUUAUCACCACCUACUGUCCUGCUAACAACGAGCCAAUUGCACGAGUCCGACAGGCCAGUGUGGCAGACUACGAAGAAACCGUAAAGAAAGCAAGAGAAGCCUGGAGAGUCUGGGCGGAUAUUCCGGCUCCAAAGCGAGGAGAAAUAGUGAGACAGAUCGGUGAUGCCUUGCGGGAGAAGAUUCAAGUCCUGGGCAGCUUGGUGUCAUUGGAGAUGGGGAAAAUCCUGGUGGAAGGCGUGGGCGAAGUUCAGGAGUACGUGGACAUUUGUGACUACGCCGUGGGCUUGUCACGCAUGAUCGGGGGACCUGUCUUGCCUUCUGAAAGACUCGGCCAUGCGCUCAUUGAGCAGUGGAAUCCCGUGGGCCUUGUUGGCAUCAUCACCGCGUUCAACUUCCCCGUGGCGGUGUACGGCUGGAACAACGCCAUCGCCAUGAUCUGUGGCAACGUGUGCCUGUGGAAGGGAGCACCAACAACUUCCCUCAUUAGUGUAGCUGUCACAAAGAUAAUCGCCAAGGUUCUGGAGGACAACAGGCUGCCUGGUGCGAUUUGCUCCCUGACCUGUGGCGGAGCGGAUAUCGGCACGGCAAUGGCCAAGGACGAGCGGGUGAACCUGCUCUCCUUCACUGGGAGCACACAGGUGGGGAAACAGGUGGCCCUGAUGGUGCAGGAGAGGUUUGGGAGAAGUUUAUUAGAACUUGGAGGAAACAAUGCCAUUAUUGCUUUCGAGGACGCCGACCUGAGCCUGGUUGUCCCAUCAGCCCUGUUUGCCGCCGUGGGGACAGCCGGCCAGAGGUGUACCACUGCGAGGCGACUGUUUUUGCAUGAAAGCAUCCACGAUGAAGUCGUGAACAGACUUACCAAGGCCUACGCACAGAUCCGUGUCGGGAACCCGUGGGACUCCAAUGUUCUCUACGGGCCACUCCACACCAAACAAGCAGUGAGCAUGUUUCUUGGAGCAGUGGAAGAAGCGAAGAAAGAGGGAGGCACCGUGGUCUAUGGGGGCAAGGUUAUGGAUCGCCCUGGAAACUAUGUAGAACCCACAAUCGUGACAGGUCUUGCCCACGACGCAGCCAUCGCCCACACAGAGACUUUUGCUCCAAUUCUGUACGUCUUUAAAUUCAAGGAUGAAGACGAGGUCUUUGCCUGGAAUAACGAAGUCAAACAGGGCCUUUCCAGUAGCAUCUUUACCAAAGAUUUGGGCAGAAUCUUCCGCUGGCUUGGGCCUCGAGGCUCGGACUGCGGCAUCGUAAACGUCAAUAUUCCAACGAGCGGGGCCGAGAUUGGAGGUGCAUUCGGAGGAGAAAAGCACACCGGAGGCGGCCGGGAGUCUGGCAGCGAUGCCUGGAAGCAGUACAUGAGAAGAUCCACUUGUACCAUCAACUACAGUAAAGACCUUCCUCUGGCUCAAGGCAUCAAGUUUCAGUGAAGGCGUUCCCGAGCCUCUCGGCAGCGCGUGCCGGCGUUCCCGUGGCUGCGUCUGAGGAGCACGGAACCAAGAGAUGCCCCGAACGUGCCUUAGAAUGUGGGGGUGCCUCCUCCCCGGGACCUCACAGCCCUCACUCACCACUGUUUUUAAAAAAGCCCCAAUAAAUUUUGCACAGCUUA